AUGCUUUCGUUCUUCAUCUUCUCAUUUGCAAAGUCAGAAGAUUUCUGUAUUAAAGCACGUGAUUACGAAGGAGCUUGUUCCGAAGGUAAAACAGUUAUUUCAGACAUAACAACUUUUUAUAAAUCUUUCGAAACCACGAAAGGUAACACAUUAGAAGUUCUGAAUACUCCAAAUUCAGUGAUUACAAUCGACUUUUCUAAGUUUCAUGACUGUACACUUAUGAUCAGCGGUCGUGAUUCUUCCAAGAUCGCCAUUAUUAAUCCAAUUGAUAUACAACAUUCACACAUCACAUUACAGUACAUGACUAUCCGUUUCGAUGAUACAAGAUUUGUUCCAGUUUUCAUUCACGAACUUAGUUUAGUCAACAUCACAUUUGAAAACGCAGAAACGAUUGAAUUAUCUACUGAACAUCUGAAUUCAGAUGCAUAUUCAAUACAAUUCUUCAAGAACAUGUCAUGUGAUCAACUUGGUUUACAAAUCGGCGACAUUUCAAUGCUUCCUAAACGUGAUGCAUACAUCAGUAUCAACGGUGUCAAGCCAUCAAGAAUCUACCACUUCUCAUCAGAUGUUAACGUUUCUGUUUCCACACCAGAGUUAAAUAUAACAUUUCCAUCUGCGACAUACCACUUUUAUCCAGACAACAUAUCUAAAGUUCAGAUCAUUCAUGACACCGAUAUCAAUAUGUAUGUAACAUCUCCACAAAACGCAGUUGUUCAGAAAGACAAGUACACAUUUACAGUCAACAAUGCAAAUCUUAUUGCAGACUAUUCACGAUUCAAUGAAGGACCAACAGUUACAACAACCGGUCAAUCUACAGUUACAGUUAAACAAAACGCCAUCUUCUUAACAGUUAACAGUGGAACAACUAUCCUCAAAGGCAUCAAAGGAACAACACAAGGAUCAACAUUUUCAAUCAACAACGGUGCAAUUCUCCAAUUAUCAGAUUGUGCAACACCUUAUGAAGCAUUUUAUGUUUCUAUCACAGGAACAGGUCAAAUCACAACAGAUGGAAACGUUGUAUUACAACAAAACGGCAUCUUCGAAGUAUCAUCAACAACAUCUCCAUCACAAAUUGGCGAAAACAUCACAUUGUAUGUCACAAAUCCAAGACAGAUGCACUUCACAGACUCCGAGUUCACAAUCGAUACAAUCAAGUUCGAUGAUGAUGCUAAAUUUUUCAUCAAUUUCGUUCCAAACAUUCAUGGUGGAGUAACAAUCAAAAACGGUCUUGACAACUUCAAAACAUCAUUUAAGUAUACAUAUGGACAACUUCCAUCAAAUGAAGAAUCAGAACAGCUCAUGAAGAACAACUAUUAUGGAAUCUGCAGUCCAACUAUCAAUUGUGACGAAAUCACAUAUGAACUUAUUGACGGUGGUCUUCACGGAUUCAACAACGAUGACAGCUUAGUCAAAUUUGUUUGUGAGAAAGUUGAAGAAAACUAUUGCACAGGUGUUACUCUUACACAACGUCCAUUAGAUGUAUAUCCACAAUAUUGCAGAUACGAUGAUGGUUCAUCAUACAACUGCAAUCAACCAUAUCUUGAUAUCACAGAUGAUAACAUUUCAAACCUUGCAAACUUUGUUCCUAAGACAGCUAAACUCAUCACUAUUCAAGCAGAAGCCAACUUCACUAAAUAUGCAAACUUCACAGGUCUUAACUUACCAAACAUCACACUCACAGGAUCACAAACUGCAUCUAUUGACUUCACAGGUGUCGAUUUUGGCAAUAUCAUCAUUGAUUCAGUAUCUACUAAACUUAAUGGUACAGAUAGCACAGCAAUUAGUUUACUUGUUACCGAUAAUGCAAUUAAUUUUGAAGGUUUUACCGAUUUAGAUAGUGAAAGUGUUGAAUUAACACUUCCAUCAAUGAGACACUUUUUCACUUGGGUAUCAAAUGUUACAAUCCCAGAUAAUACUCAUAUUACAUUUGGAAAUCUCAGCCAUAAAAUAAUAAAUGGUGUUGAAUAUAACCCGCAGUUAGUAAAUUUCAAGCUACCACCUUUCAGUACAUGUUCAGUUUAUUUAUCUCUAGGGAAAAAUGUCAAUCAUUUCACCUCAAUUUUAAUAUAUGAUCAUCCAAGAUAUGUAUUUCUAGAUGGAUGGGAGAACAAAGAACCUUUUUAUAUUUUCAGGAACGAAAAUGAAUUGCAUUUCACAACAUCAUCUUAUGCACCAAUUAAAAUCGGAUCUGAUUGGCUUAAAAAAUCGAUUUCUGUUGAUUCAAAUACAAAAGAAGGAAAAGUAACAUUCCCUAAACAAGGAAUUUCAGGUACUGAUAUUACUUUUACUGAUGGAAAUGCUUCUGAAAUCAUAUUGUCAAAUAUUGAUUUUUAUAGUGCUAAUAUCACUAGUAAAAACCAGCAAGUGACAAUUGAUAGUGGUAAAUUUUAUGGCGAUAAUUAUCUUAAUAAUGUGUUUAUUAAAAGUUGUAAGCUGUCUUAUAGUUCUAAACUAGAUUUGAAUGGAAAUGCAUCGAUUAUUAAUAUUUAUAUUGGAUUAGACCAUUAUUAUAAUAAUUCAAAAUCCGUUUAUUUGAAUUUAUCUAAUUCUUCAUCUGCCGACUUAUUAAAUAUAUCACAGGAUCAUGAGUCAUAG